AUGUUCACGGGAAGCAAGGUGGCCCAUGGGGGCGGAUUUGGCGGCUUCCGCAGCUCGUCGACAUCACUUUCCUACCUCGCCCCGCCUCCUGAUUUCACUGGGAUCCCCCAUGAGGUCGUGGUUGCCUACAAGAACCUCACCAAAAAGGACAGUACAACAAAAGAGAAGGCAUUACAGGACAUACUUGGCUACGUACAAACCCUUGGCGCUGAGGGUCGGAUCGAGCUAUACCCUCGACUAUCCGUCGACGACUCCGCCCGCGUCCGAGAGCUCUCGCACCAGCUGCUCUUCCAUCUUCUCAACUUGGCAAAGAAACGCAUGGCGAAGAAGCUGCCCGCCUUUGUCGGACCAUGGCUAGCCGGAGCCUUUGACCGAGACAAGCGCGUGCUGAAAGCCGCUGCCGAUGCGCUUGCCGCGUUUCUACAAACAAAAGAGAAGGAGGAAGCAUUCUGGAAGGCGGUUCAGGGCCGAGCCCUCGAGUUUGCGACGGAGGCGAUCAAAGAAACUCCAGAUACUCUGAGCGAUGAGAGGGCAACCACGAAACAGGACUCGGACGCGAAAUACUACCGCGUUGUCGGUGCCAGCCUAAACCUGGCCCUGAACUUGAUGCGGAAAGGUGAUGUUGGUGUACUCAAAGACGGAUUGGCUGGCUAUUUGGAGGUGGACGCACUGUGGACAAUGUCAACAGCCGACGAUGCAUUUGUGCGGAGAGCUUUUUAUCAGUUCCUGGACACACUUCUGACCAUCAGGCCUGACAUCUUGGAGCCGCGGCUACAGCAUUCAGCAACCGACCUCCUGAAGGUCCUGAUCUCCUUGACAAAGCGCUUCCCGCAGGUCUGGGGCACUCAGAAGCACCCGCUGCAGCGACUGCAGCAGUUCGUCGCUCAGGGUUCUCAGGGCGGAGCAGAAGAGUACUGGCAAUCCUUGGAUCAGCUCCUCCAGGUCCUCCCCAAGAAAACGCCCUCUCCCGAGGUGGUAUCGACCUUCCUCGGCUUCAUGCGCAAAGGGAUUGCGGAGAGGCUCGAAACCCGUACGAGUCGGUACAGGGCCUUUCAGACUUAUGCGCGCGUGUUCGAGGUCUUUCUUCACGACUUGCCUCUCACCACAAGUCUCCUCGAAGAGAACCUCUCCAGCGUCAGUCGACAAUACCUCCACCCCACAUCCGAAUCGUCGCUGCCGUCACCGCCACGACCCGAGCCUCUCGCCGAUGCUUGGAUGAUUGUAUCAAGGCACUCGGAUGACGAAACGUGUGGAGCGGUGAAGGAGGAGUGGCACAAGUUGGGAACUGCGUUCCUCUCUCGCAUGUCCAACUCGCUGCCCGAGGUUUCCGCGGGGUACCAGAACUCCCAAACAUCCAUUGCUUCGGAGGGAGAGCGGUGGUUUGCACUCGCAGCCAACGUACUUUCUCGGGAGGGUGGCGAGCACACGUCGCUCUUCAGUGUCAUCGCGGAAACGUCGACUAAUGUUUUGCGUGGGGCUCUGGACCUCUUGACCAGGCGAAACUUCAAGCCCUUCGGGGCUGCCGCUGUCAUCCAGUCGGCAUUCAGACACUGCCCUCGUCUCUGCGCCGAAAGCAACCUCCUAGCGUCUCUCUACCCAGCCGACCAAGCCGAAAUUUACGGCACCGUCGUUGCGUCCCCGUCGCUGCCCUACUUAGUCUCGGGCCUGAACACGCUUUCAGAGGGGUCACACGGCCAAUUUGAGAAGGUUUGGGUUUCACUUGUCGAGGCAGCCCUUCGCCUUCCCGAUCGCCCAUCCACAAUAUCAGCUAUUAGGGUGUUGAUUGGGAUUCCGUCUGUUGCCACAUAUUCCCAGAGCCUUACUGGCCUUCAGAGUUUCUCCGUCUCGGCUUGGAAAGAGUAUGCAGAUGGCGGAAGCCAAGCGGGAUUGCAGGAUCUAUGCGAGGCCACAUUAUCUUACGACACCCUGGCGGAGGAGUCACUGGACGCCGUGGUAGCCGGCGUCAUAUCCAGUCUUGAAGCCCCAGAGACGGCAGGUCCCGCUCUUGUUGCCCUCGAGUUGGUCCUGAAGAAGAAGCCGGAGCUCUUGUCAUCCAAGGACGAUCUCCACGUGCGGCUUGUUACCAUUCUUCUCGCUCUUACUGAGCUCUCCGAGCCCCGAUUGUCCGAGAAGGCAAAAACAUUAAGACAACUCCUCGGAGCGCCACCAUCUGGGCAGAACCCCGUCACCAGAAUCUUGGAGCAGCACCUUAGCGAUGCUAACCCGUCCUCUCUCGAAGUUGAUACUUUGGUCCAACAGGCGUUGUCAGCCCUGAACUCAGGCUCUGUGCCCGCCGACGACAUCUUUCCCAGCUCGACUGUCUGGAUGAAAGAGCUCUCUCCCUUUCUCAGGCGGCCUCCGCCUCCAUCAUUGUCAUUGACAAGCAGCAUGGGUGGUGCAUACUUUCUGGUCCAGGGAGAUCCAAACGCAAAACCUCCGAGACCGCGCCGGGAUAGCAGCGGGCGUUCGGUUCCCGCCAGGAUGGCUCUGUUCACAGCCAAGCUCCUCUCGUCUGGCGUCGCCUUGUCCUCGUUACCGCCCGAGUUCCAGCUGGAACUUGUUUUCCUGCUCUGUCUCACGGAAGCCAUUUACGAAGAUCAACUGUCCGCAGCUCAGACUGAAGGCUUGUGGGCUCAAGGCUCUGAGAGCGAGCCGGACGCCCGAGAGUUUCUGGAUCUGAACUCUGCAGCUGUUCGAGCUGUCCUUCAAGUUUGUGGGGAUUGGAAAGACUGGGACAUGUCAGGAAACUCGCUCGUAGAGCGUCUGAUCAACUUCAUGCUCCACGAGGCUGUCGGCCUGAGCGCUGCUGCGUUCUACGCCGCGAAAUCUCUGAGUUCCCUCUUCCAGCUCCUGGUACAGACCCACGGUGGGCCGCCUGCAAAUCUCGAGAGCUGGUUGCUCAAGUUGGGAAUCAUGAAAGCGGCCCCUAAUACGAGCUUGGCCACGGCUGCCUUCCUUACAGGCUUUGGAGAAGCGCUUGCUUCUUCCAAAGUCACCGCAAAUUUCUGUGCUCGUCUCAUCAGCGAGCUACCGGGAUUUGAUGGCGUCUCUGACCGAUUUCCCCGGGCCCUACCAUCCUUGGCUUUGCUCAAUCUCUGCAUGGACGUCUACGAGACCGGGGCGGUUCCAAUCGAAACGCGCAAACAAGUUCUCGCCCUCCAGCAGCUGACACGGUGGACGGGUGCUCCAGAGGAACUUGGUUACCAGGCGGCCGCCGAAACCUGCAAGGCCAUUUCUCGUCUUCUUCCGGGAACUAAGGAUACGUACGGGCAAUACUGGGAGCAGGCGAUCGAGUACUGCCUCUGGCUGUGGAACAAAGCCGCCAAGGACAAGCAUGAGGAGCGGCUGUCAUAUAUACACGCGUCUUUGAAGUUGAUGCAGGCACUCCACGCUGUCGAUGAGCCGAAUGACGACCUCGAGGAAGCCCUGGCGAGCCACCGGGAUGCUGAGACUUCAGCGCUCAUUGCUCUCCUGGCCGCUAAUCUUCCGGAUGAGUUGCUGUCCCUGCUUCUCAACGCCCCGAACCCCGAAGACUACACCGACGAGGACUUGGCUCAGUUCCCUGUCGCGAUACGCUCGUACCUCCUCGCCUGGCACCUCGUGUUCGACGCCUACAGCAAGGCCUCCUUUAGGGUCCGCAAUGACUACACGGAAAACCUCAAGAGCGGCAAGCAUCUCGACCCCUUGCUCCGCUUCCUGGCCGAUGUGCUCGGCCACGCUCUUGGUCGGGCGCUUGAUCUUGACAAGGAAGGGUUCACGGCGGAGCAUAUCCGCUCUUACAGCAUCGACCUCGCCGACUCAGAGCCGGCAGAGCGGGACAUGAACUGGCUUCUGAUCCACCUCUUUUACCUGAUCCUCAAGUACAUCCCCGGGUUGUUCAAGAUGUGGUAUCUGGAUUGCGCUUCAAAGCAGACCAAGAACGCGAUCCAGUCGUGGAUGGAGCGGUUCUUCUCGCCCCUCAUCAUUUCGGACGCCCUAGACGAGGUGGUCGAAUGGUCAUCCUCGCAGGAGGCCGGAGAUGGGGACACUGAGGAGAUCAUUGUCAAGGUCAGCAAGACAUCGCGAGAGAUUACCGCGGGAUACCCGGUGGACGACGAUGCAGCCACUAUCUCCCUACGCGUGCCGACAUCGUACCCGCUAGAUCCCGUUGACGUGGUUAGCGUGAAGAGGGUUGCCAACUGCAGCCUCGUUGACGGCCUGAUGGCUUUCCGUCGCAACAUCUCGCUCGCGCUCAAGGGCCAGGAGGAGUGUGCCAUUUGUUACUCGAUUAUCGCCCAGGAUAAGACGAUCCCGGACAAGAAAUGCGGUACAUGCAACCACUUCUUCCACAAGGUGUGCCUGUAUAAGUGGUUCCAGAACAGCGGCAGGAAUACUUGCCCGUUGUGUCGGAACGGGAUUGACUAUCUGGGUUCGGAUACCAAGAGGAGUCGGCCGGAGCAUGAGUAG